AUGGACGUUGAAUAUGGAGGUUCAAGAAGUUUUGAAAAAUAUAUUGGAAAUAAAGAAGAAAAAAUCCCUUUAUCUUAUAAUAAAAAAUACGAUGCAGAAAUAAAAGAAAGUUAUGAAAAUUUUAAAAAGGGACCAUUAUUAUUCAUGAAUUGUAAUUUUUAUAUUGAUGAUUUAGUAAGCUUAUAUUCUCUUUUUAAUUCAUCUGAAAAUCUUAGUAUUCCAAAUACAAUACCUGAUAAUGAAAGAAACUAUCACAUGAGUUGUAAUAACAUGAUAAACUCCUAUACUGUGAAUAGUCCAAUUAAAUCAGAAUUUUCUUACGAAAACACAAUUAAUAACUUAAAUGUAACUGAAAAAGAAAUGAAUAAAACACCAAAAAAAAGUGAAUAUUAUAUCAUUAAUGAAAUAGAUACAGAUAAUACUUUUGAUAGCUUUAUGAAAAGUUAUCAAAGUAUUUCUACCUGUAAGCCAAGUGUGUAUAAUUCUUACAUUAAUAAAAAGGAAAAGUUAGAAAUAUUAAUAUUACAAAAUGGAGGAAUAAUACAUAACACGUUAACAAGUAAAGUGACUCAUAUAAUUAGUAAUAAUAUUGCAUUAGGAUCAAAGAAAUAUUCAGAUUAUAAAAAAUCAGUUAAACAAUCAAAAAUUUUUAUAGUAACAGAUAAAUAUAUAUUCGAUUGUGUUAUCUCUAAAAGUCGUUUACCUGAACAACUUUACUUACCUCCGUUAUUACGUUAUAAUUGCCAUCAAAUAACUGAAUAUUUUUCAUUUAAAAAAAAACCAAAAAAAAAUAAUCAAAAUAAUAAAUCUCCUUUAGACUAUUCUACAAAUAACAAUAGCUUAACUCACAUUAAUAUUAAGAGAACAUUGAAUAGUGCUUAUAACGAUGAAAAUAAUGUUUACAAUAAUGUAAGCAAUGUUAAUGGAGAUAAUAUAAAUAAUAAAAUUAUUAUUGGUAAUAAUUUAGGCAACAAUAGUGCUAGUAAUUUAGAGAAGUUUUCUAUUACACAAAAUGAAAGUAUAAUUGCAAUCAGCAAAGAAAAUAAAAUUGUAAAAAACUAUUAUACUCAGGAUAGACAGAUGGCUAUAUUAAAUAUGCAAAUGGAUUAUGAAAAUUUAAAAAAAUAUAUAAUAUCUAAUUCAUGUGAAUAUUUUGAAAAGUUAUACAAAUUCUAUUUAGAAAAAGAGUUAAAAGAAAAUAUUUUUUCCGAAAAAUCUAAUUUGUAUAUAAAUGAAAAAAGUUUUGAUGAAUUUUCAAGAAAAUAUAGAAUAUUAAAUCAUCUAAGUGAAAAUGAAAUAAAAUGGAUUAAAGGAAAAAGUAAACUAAAUAUAAACAUAAGAAAUGUAUGGGAAAAUGACAUAAUUCAUUUUUUUUUUGAUAUGGUUUUAAAGAAAAAGAAAGGUGAAAAUAAAAAUAUAUCAGUUGUCAAUAAAAAUGGAAUAAAGGAAAAUGAUGAAAACAAAUAUGUUGAAAAAGAAAGAUAUGAAGUAAAAAAAGAUAAAAAUAGUAAUGUUAAUAAUGAACAUGAUGCAUCCGAUAAAAUAAUAGAUAGUAUUAGUGGUUAUUUUUAUAAUUCAAGGUUAUCUAUUUUGGGAAAUUGGAAUUAUAUAACUAAAGAACUUUUUAAUUUUGAGGAAAUAAAAAAAAGUGAUAAUAGAAAAUUUGUUUAUUUAUAUAUUGAUUUUGAUAAUUAUUUUUUAAAUGCAAGCAUAAAAAAUAAUAAUUCAAUAAAUUAUGAAAAAGAUGUAAACAAUGAAAUUUUAUGCGUAUGCCAUAGUUUAAAGAAAGAAGAAAGUUAUGGAAUUAUAAGUUCAACUAAUUAUUGGGGAAAAAAAAAUAAAAUUUAUAAAGGUAUGUUAAAAAGGGAUGCAACAAAAUUGCACAAAAAUAUUCAUUUUAUAAAGUAUGAUUUUAGUAAUAUAUUAAAAUGUAGUUACUUGUUUUUAUUAGUGUUAAUAAAUUAUUCAAAAAAUGUCAAAAUUUUAUCAGUAGAUGAAUCAAUAGUUCAAUUAUUUUAUGAAAAAGAAGAAGAUAUUUUUUUAAUUUCUAAAAGAAUUUCAGAUGAUAUUUAUAAUUUAACAAAAUUAAAUGUAUCCAUAGGAAUUUCAGGUAAUUUAAGUUUGUCAAGGAAAGCUUUAAAAUUUUGCAAAAAGCGUUUUUUAUUUUUCGAUUUUUAUCAUCAUUUUAAUAUAUUUUUAAGAAAACAUAUUGACAUAAAAAAAGAGGAAAAAGCAAAAGAAAAUUUCGAGUAUGAAUUCUUAAAAAAAAUACCUUUAGAAAAUAACAUAAUAAAUAAAAGUAGUGAAGAAAAAAUAGGAAUAGAAAAUAAUAUGAAACAUUUACAAGGCUCAAAAAUCGAAAUAAAUGAAGAAGUAAAUAUAAAUAGUGAUGAGUAUGCAAGUAUAUUGAAUAAUGUGCAUAUUGAAAAUUUAUUCAACGAAUAUCUUACUUUUGAAGAAAAAAGAAAAGAAUUAUUAGAAGUUAUAAAUAAGAGAAAUAAAUACAACGAAGAUGAUGAAAAUAAUUAUUUUUUAGAUAUUAUGAAAGAAAAAAGAGAAAAAAAUGUUGAAUUUACUUUUAGUAAAUUUAUGCAAAUAAAUAGGGAAAACUUAGAAUAUAUUACGAAUACAUUUUUUGAAAAAGUAGAACAUCCUAUCAGUAAAUAUUUCUUUUUUUAUAAAGAGAACGAUUAUUAUUUAAAUAUUUUAAAAAAAUUUAAUUAUUUAAAUGGGAAAUUUAUUUAUUUUAAUAUUUAUUACAUUCCAUCUGAUGCAUCUUCAAAUAAUACAAUUGAAAAUUAUAAAAAUAAAAAAGAAUCAGAAAAUUUAGAUGAAAAAAAGAGUAUAAGCAUUAGUGUUAAUUAUGGAGUACGAUUUCAAAAAAUAAAUGAUUUUUAUUAUCUUAUUUAUUUUAUGACAAAACAAUUAUAUUUACGAUUAAAAAUAAAAAAUUUGAAAGCAAAUAGUUUAAGUGUGAAUUUUUUUAUGAAAGAUGAAAAUGAAAAUGUAAAUCCUCUUAAGUACCUAGGAAGAGGUAAAUUUAUUAAGAUAAAUAGUAAAAUUAAGUUAAAUUAUUAUACAGAUUUUUUUUUUGUAUUUUUUUUUAAAGUUAUAUACAAUUUUGAUCUUCUUUCAAAUAAAUUAAGCGAGUUAAGAGGAGUUCAAAUUAUUUGUUCGGAUAUAGUAAAUGAUAAAUAUAAUAUAAAUAAAAAAAGUAUUUUAUAUUACUUCGAUGCAAAAAAUAAAAAUUGUAAUUUAAAAGAGCAAGGAAAUGAUGGAAAAAGUAAAGAGAAUAAGAAUUCAUUGAAUGUAAUAGAAAAGAAAAAAGAAGAAAAUAAUAAAAUAAUUUCAGGAGCUUGUAAAAAAGAAAGGAGCCUAACGAAAAUGACAAAAGAAAAAAAAAUAGGAACGGGAAAGAAAACCAAUCAAAUUAAUACCAUUAAAAGAAAAAGUAAAAAAAAUAAAAUAGCAAUGAACAAAAAACUAGUUAAUAAUAAAGAAAGAAAGAAUAUCAGCAUUGAUCCCAAUGAAAAUGAAAAAAAUUAUUUUAGUCACAUUACAUAUAAAAAAAGUAUCUUAAGAUAUUUCAUAAAUGAUUCAAGAAAAAUAAAUAUAAAAAAUAUAUUAAUAAAUAAACCAAUUUAUUUUUCUUCUAAAAAAUCUAAAAAAAGAAAUUUAAAAAAAAAUUACUCUAGUCUAAACAGAAAUACUGCUAUGUUAAAAAAAAUAAAGGUUACAAAAAAUUGUAAAAUUUUUGAUUUUUUUCCAAAUAUUUUAAAAAAAAAGAAUAAAAAUAGCAUUUAUUCUGAUGAGAUGAAAAAAUUGAAUGAAAAUAAUUUAAUAGUUCAAACAAACAUAUUUGAUAGCAUAAUUAAUAAGAGAGUAAAAAUGGAAAAUAAUAUCAAAGAAGUAGGAUGCUGUUAUUUAUGCUACAAAGAAAUAUAUGAAACUGUGAAAGAUAAACAAAACAUACAUAAUAAUAUUAAUUGCAGAGAAUGUGCAAAUAAUAUAUUCUGCUAUAAUUAUGUUAGCAACAAUUUAUAUUUAAUUAAUCAAAAAAAUGAAAAAUUCAAUUUUUAUAUAUACAUAAAAAAAAUUGUUUCUUCUUACAUUUUUUAUUUUAAUAGUAUAUUUGAAAAUCAUAAUUGCGAUAAAAAAUUGAGAGACCAAUACUAUUUACAUAAAUUCAUUUUAAAUAUUCUGGAUAAUUUAUGUGAAACGUUACAUAAUAAAAGAUUCAUUGAUGUUUUACACAAUUUUUUAAAAGUUUUUAAAUAUGUUUGGUGUUUAAAUAAAAAUUCGUUUCCUCCUUUAUUUCAAAACAUACUAACUAAAUAUAAUAUGUAUCAAAUUUAA